AUGCGCAGUACGCCUCUCGAAAAUCGACCGCGACUUCCCCGCAUAGCCCUAAGCAAGCGGAAUCGGGCUGUCGUGAGGGCUCUGAACCCAAUGCUAGUGACCUAUUUGGAAGCCAGCCGAGACCUUUGCGAGACGAACUCAAUUCUUUUUGGCACUGCACUGGCAGUAUGCCGUAUUAUAGGCGCCAGACUUUCCACGGCUGGACGCGCUACUGGACAAAGUAGCGCUAUCCCAGCCCGGAGAAUAAGAAUUGAAGAACGUACCGUAAAGGCUAGGACCCUCAUCGGCAAACAGAUAUGCUUCAGGUCAGGCAAUAAGAAGCCAAGGAUUGUGCGCACCAUCAGGAUGGCAAUUGCUGGGACAAAUGUUAGUUUAUUCCAGCCGGAUAUAAUGCAAAAACUGACGGAGCGCAUUGACGACCUGAAGCAGAGAAUCGAUGCAUGGGGAACGCGGAUUCGGCGAUAUACCGAGAGGUCGACACGGUUCAACCAGAAUCGUCUCUUCCAGAGUGAUCAGAGGAGGCUCUAUAAAUCAUUGAAGCGAUCAAUGGUAAGUGGAACGGGUCCAGCACCAAAUCAGGCCGACAAUGUCGCAUUCUGGCGCGGCCUGUGGUCAGAGCCCGUAAACCACAGCGAGGACCCUUGGACGGAAGUCGUGGCGAGUCAGUGUGCGAGUAUUACGCACAUGGAUCCCGUCAUCAUAACGCCGGAUGACGUAGCUCAGGCGGUCCGUAGAGCCCCGAACUGGAAAAGUCCGGUACUCGACGGGCUGCAUCACUACUGGCUGAAGGGGUUCAUGGUGUGUCACGCUGUGCUCGCCCGUCAGUUUCAAGAGGCUCUUAACCAGAAGUUGCUUCCUAGCCUCUUCACUACUGGGAUCACUCAUUUGGUUCCUAUAGACCAGAUGCUUGAAACAGUGGUGUAG